AUGGAGCAGGCAGAUGCACCUGCCGCGAACGCACCGUCCGAUGAGCCAACGACGACGCCCGACAACGUUUUCGCAGAGCCCCCGGCUCACACACCAGAGCCCGUGGUUGCUGAAGCGGAGCCGCUCCUCUCGGCCACGGUGCCGCGAUUGCACGUGCCGAAACAAGUGGGUCUUUUCGCCGAGGCCGUGCACGAGUACGUGGCAGAGCACGAAGACAGCAGCAUUGCGGCGGACGUGAGCCAUUACGGGCGCAUGCACCACGCGCUGGCCUUGCCGACGUCGGACAAUUUCAUGGUGCUGCCAUCAACAACGUCCAUGUCGACCGUGGCAUCGCUCUUGAGCGAUGCCUUUAAACACCUCGACGCGCUGGCCCCGAAUCACAACAGCGCUGUCGCGACGCUCGAGGACAAGUACGCCGACAUAUGGGCCGAGAUUGAAGCGACCAAAGCUCUGGAUAACAAGAACCGGCUGCGACGAGCAUUUAGUGGCUGGAAGAAACGUGCUCUGCUCCUAAACGUUGUCCGAAAGAUGUCUGUCCGCGCGUACGACCGGCGGCGAUUCCGCAUCUUUGUCGCGUGGCGCACCCGCGUGCGCUUGCUACGGCGCAUCAAGGUCAAGUACCGGCGCGCCGUGGUCCAAGUGGUAGCCUACACGUUUCAACGCAUGAAGCUCUACGCGCAGCGCAGUCGCACGAUCGCCCACAAGCACAGACGCGCAAGAGCCAAGACGCUGCACCACCUCUUCGGCCGCUGGAAGCACCACGUACAGCUUGCGCGACGCGUGCAUCGGUGCCGACGCAAAGUAUGUCUCAAGACGCUUCGUGUGGCGUUUCGGUCCUGGCGCACGCGACUCGCUGCGUGGAGGCAGCUCAAGCGCGGCGUCCGCCAUCUCAUAUCGCCGUUGAGAACCAUGCAUCUCCGCCUGCGUUGGUAUCAAUGGCAACAGCAACAUGCGAUUUGCGGUCGACAAGUGCAACUUCGCCGCGACCAAGCGCAGCGGCGGCGGUUCGUGCUUGAGCGCUGCUUCAAGGCCUGGAAGCGGCAGCUCAUGCUUCGCUACCGCACCGAGCGUGCCAAGAAGCGUCGGCAUCGGGACAGCGUAAGGGACGUUGUCGCGACGUGGAGACAAUACUACCUCGCGCGAAAAGCACUUCGGCCAGAGACGUGGACAUGCGACCUCGUGGGCAUUUGGCUCACAGCGCUCUUUCGCCUACCCCUCGAGGUUGCUACUACGUGCCAGGUUUCGGGGGCAGAGCUCCUCCAGCUGGGGCCCCGUUUGCACAUCGACCUACAUCAACCGUCGUCUUGGGCUGCCACGUCAUUGGAGCGACUGUUACCACAGAUGCCACUCUUUUUCUGCGCAUCCCAUCACCGAAUGGUGCUACUGGAGGCGAUCUCGGCGCUGGCGAGCCCCGUGGCGUCGCAAGCCGCGCGCGAUGCGUUAGCCCGCCACCGCCGGUCCCAGCUCGCGAUGGUCACGGAUCUCUCCAGUUUGCGAUAUUUCUGGGCACAAGACCGGGAACUCCUCGUGUACGUGCGCCGAUUGGACCAGCUGUCCCUCGCGUCCUUUCUGCGCCUCGAGAUGGACGGUCUCUUGCGCGUCUUCCAGCCCCAGAAGCCGUCGCACUUGACCCUUUUGGCGGCUUGCCAAGCCCAACUGCGCGCCCACGACGCCGCCGUAACCGUGCCUACGUCGCCGCCAAGGAGUCCGAUUACGCCAUCGCAGCCCCUGGACAUUGCUGUGUGGCUCACGUCUGUGCACCUCGCCCAAUACAUUCCACGCUUUUUCCAAGCGCACAUCGAUUCGCGCGAGAAGCUUGAGGCGCUGGACCACGCGGCGCUGCGCGACCGCCUGUACAUUCAUUCCAAGCUGCAUCGAGAUAGGCUGCUCAAGUACAUAACGGAGCUCAAGCACGUGCAGUCGCCGCCCCCGCACAUUCCGCUCAAGAAAGGCCACGUACCCAUGGCUGCGUCUUUUCGCCUCAAGCUCGCGCUCAACCACGUCGACGAGACGACGGCGCCGCCCGUGAGACCCAAGGUCGCUGGCACAGCCAAGCUCCAGAAGCAGUUGCGAGCACUCUUCUUCAGCGUCUGUCGCGGCAUGGAAGACCGCGAGUGGAGCCUGGAUCAACUCUACACCGCGAUGCAGUCGACGUCCGUCAGUGGCGUCGUGGCCAAGACGCAGUUUGCCCACGUGCUGCGCAGCUGGUCCAUCGGCCUCUCCAGCGCCCACAUUCAAGCAAUGUGGGAGCCGCUGGCACGCAUGGAUCCUACGUCCAAGCGGGGCGUCGGGUACACAGCCUUCAUGACUUUUUUCCUCGAUGUGUUUGAGCAGCGCUACGAGCUCUUGGCACUGGCCAUCCAGACGCUCCAGGACGAAAGCCACAAGGGCGAGAAGCAGCGCGAGCAGCUCAGUCAGCUCCUGCAGUCGACGGGUCGCGUUCGCCGUAUCUUGACGCUGGCAGGCGUCGACAUGACGCGGCGAUAG